AUGAAUAUUGCGAGUGCAUUGACUGGUGGCUUCGCCACAGACAUCAACAUUUCACAGUCCACAAUCAACCUGGGCAAUCAGCUCAUGUUUAUGGGUAUCGUGGUCUUCGAAAUACCAUGUAACAUGGCCUUACAACGAGUCGGUCCUCGCAAGUGGAUUUCAGCACAGGUGUUUCUCUUCGGCUUACUCGCUACCAUGCAAGUAUUCAUUCGCAGCCGAGGAUCUUUCCUGGCUGUACGGCUGCUUCUAGGAUUGGCUGAGGCAGGUUAUAUCCCCGGUGCAGUAUAUACUUUGUCGUCGUGGUAUACGAAAAGAGAAUUGGCGAAGAGAGUUGCCAUUUUCUUCUUUGGGAUGUUUGGUGGGAAUGCCUUGAGUCCUAUCCUAGCUUCAGGUAUUCUGCUCCUCGAUGGGCGACACGGUAUUCGAGGAUGGCAGUGGCUCUUCUUAAUUGAGGGGCUAUUCACGAUCUUCGUCUCGUUCCUCCUGUCACUACUCCUACCUGGAUCACCCGAUCUUACCAGGCCAUUGUUGAGCCCGGGCUUUGUCAAAUUUUCGGAUACCGAGAAGGAGAUUCUGCAAAAACGACUCGAAAAAGACAAUGGCGGCAGUACCGAGGGCGCGUAUGGCGUGCAUAUCCCAUUGAAAGUUGUCUUUCGCACUGUAUGUUGCUAUCGUCGCUGGCCGCACUUUAUUUCUACGUUUGUCGUGUUUUCGACGUGGAGUCCUCUAACGACCUACACGCCAUCUAUCAUAAUGUCGCUCGGCUUUGACAGAACAGAAGCAAACGCUUUGGCCGCAGUCGGCGCAUUCCUAUCACUUGCUGUGGUGUUUUCCUUCGCCUACGUGAGCGAUCGGACCAAUCUCCGAGGUGCAUCUGUGAUCGCUGCUCAAGUCUGCUACCUCAUUGCCCUGGUAGUAACUCUCAAGGUGCAGCCCUAUGUCGCUGUGGGAUAUCAUCCUAUACAUAACUUCUGGGUUCAGAUUAACUGUCGAGAUCCGAGGGAGCGGAGUAUCAGCAUCGCUAUUUUCAAGCGGGUGACAAGCGAUUUUAUUCGACCGGCCUACGUACCAUGA